UCAUCUUUUAAAACUUAUUACUACCUACAAUAAAUAAUUCAGGCUUACAAAGAUUUGGAAAAAUGAUUAAUAGCUAUAUUGUUGCCAGUUGUACAUUUACGCGUACAUUUGGCCACUUCCAUCAUUUGCUAACUGAAGUUUCCACAAAUGAAUUACCUUCAUUGUAUUUUUUCAUUGAAUAUCUUGGUGCAUGGAAUCUUUGAAUGGGUUCAAAUGUCUCAAAAAUGGGUGUGCAUUGUAGGCUUAUGUUUCCAACAUGUAUCGUUUACACGUUUGCUUUAAAACAUAAGCAAAAAAGCAUAUUACAAACAGUCCUAACAUGUGUGGAUUUUUAUAAAACAUAACGAAUUAAGAAGUCAAGAAAGUAUAGGACACAAUACAAAUAUUAAGUAAGUAAUGCAUUGCUGAGAUAUAGUAUAACGGUGACAGUCGACUUUAUUACACAGGUAUUUGCUACAUUUCCAAAAUGGAUAACUCAUCUCCUGACGUUGGUUCAACAUUUGAGAUGGAACUUUCCAUUUAGGAAAGUGAAAGAAAUUUGGAAAUAACAAUGGAGAGUUCCGACAAAUCUUCGCUUGAUUCCGAUAAGAAAUCUACAUCAUACAGUGACUUACCAGUGGCUUUAUCGUUCUUGAAAAGGGGGAAUUGUAGUAUUGAUAAUAGAGAUUAUGAAACAGCAAUUGAACUGUACAAAAAAUGUUUAAAAGGUGCAGAGGAGAAAAGCGUCAAAAUGAUGGCACAUUUUAGUCUUGGUAACGCUUACAUCCUCUCUGAUAAAAUGGAGGAAGGAUUGAACUGUUUUAAUGAAUGCUUGAAUUUUUCAUCUAAAGUAGACAGUAAAUAUUUUCAACAUGAAGUAUAUUUUGGGCUGGAGAGUGUUCGUUCCACCAAUAACAGAUUAGAUGAUGGUAUAAAGAAAGAAGAAAUAGACUCUCUCUGCCAUGUUGCAUUGGGAGGAUUGAAUAAGUUGAGUAGAAAUUACGAGCAGUCCUUGGAGCAUUACAAAAAAGGAUUCUCUCUUAUUGAAAGUCUUUACAAGCAAGAAAUACAACUUUCGCAACAGGAAAAUCCACAACAUCGACAAAAGAAAGUUGGUGGUAUUAACGUUAGUAAAGAUUUUAUCGACCAUAACAUAAAGAACUUGUCAAUUAUUACUUCAACAGGAAUCAUGAAUGGAGUGCUAAUUGUUUAUUGGGAAUUAGCAGAAUUGUUUGAUAAACUUGAACAAUGGGAUGAUGCAACACGUAUUUAUGAAAUAUAUCUUGAGAUUGUGAGAAAAGAUGAAGACAUAGAAAAACAAACCAACGUUGUACAGCGUCUGAUACAAAUAUAUGAAAAGGAUGAACGUUAUGCCUUAAAGGAGUCUAUGGUAUUAAAUUUACAAAAACUGGAUGAAAAAAAGAAGAACAAAGAAUUGCAGUUUCAAGAGUGGGAAUGUAUCGAUGAAUCAAAAAAACAUAAAGAAUUGUUGUUAAAAUUGAUCGAUAAUGGGCGCGAUCCCAAAGUUAAGGUUGAACAUGUAAACGAUGUACGCGUAAUUUUCUCAGAGGAGUUUUGCAUCGGCAAAGGAAGUGAUGGAACCCUUGUUUAUCUUGGAUUGGCAAAGAAUGGUUACGGCAAAGCAGUGAAACGAAUACGAAAAGACAACUGCACCAACAUUGCAGACCAUGAAAAGAAAAUUCUCAAUAAAAAAAAUGCUAAGGAAUCAAAACAUGUUGUGAAUUAUUGCUCUUUAGUGGAGGACGCUGGAGAAUAUGUCUAUUUGGUACUUGACCUGUGUGAAGAAUCGCUGGAAGAUUUUGUGCAAUCAAAUGAAUUAGCUAAUCUUGUGGAAUCGCUUCCUAAAAUUCUCGAACAAAUUUUAACAGGAUUAUUUGAUCUCCAUAAAGGCUCAGAUCCUAUUCUUCACCUGGAUUUAAAGCCUUGCAAUGUUCUACGAGAUGCACAUGGAAAAUUUCUUUUAGCUGAUUUCGGUAUAAGUCAUAUAUUGAAGAAAGGCUUAAAGACAUAUCGUGCUACAUCUAGAAAAGGAACUGAGCAUUGGAUUGCUCCUGAAUCGUAUUGUGAAGAUGAGGAUUCAUUUGAUAAAGGACGUUACAAGAGAGAGUCUGACAUAAUGAAUGCAGGAAUGGUGGCUUAUUAUGUUGCAACUAAAGGGAAACAUGCUUUUGGAUCUUUGGAGUUUAGACUACAUAAUAUGUUGAAUGGAAACCCAGUUGGCUUGGAUGAAAUCAAUAAUGUUGAACUUAAAGAUCUUCUCACAUGGAUGCUACAGCUAAAACCUGAACUUAGGCCAUCAGCAAACGAAGCGUUAAAACAUCCUUAUUUACUGUCCAAUAAUGAUAAGUUUGACCUUCUCUGUGAUGUUAGAAGUCAACUGGAUACAGAGAUACCAAAUUUAAAUCAUCCUCUCUACGAAGAUGUCCGUGAGCUAGUAAAUGGUCUAGAAAAUUGGAAAGACCGUGUGGAUUUUAAAACAUCAAAUAAUCUCAGAAAAGAAGACUACGAAUCUACAUGGUUAGGUUGCUUAAAAUUUUUACAAAACUUUCAUCAGCAUUGGCAAGAUGAAUCUUGUCCACAUCUGUCACAAAUGGAAGGCAACUACAAAGAGUAUUUCAUACAGGUUUUCCCAGAGCUUCCUCUUCUUGUAAACAGAAUUGUAAGGUUAUGUGAUUGGAAAUCAAUACUUGAUCGUGAGGAAAAUUUUAAGAAAUUGCAGUUUCAAAAGUGGAAAUGUAUCGAUGAAUCAAAAAAACAUAAAGACUUGUUGUUAAAAUUGAUCGAUGUUGGGCGCGAUCCCGACGUUACGGUUGAAUAUGUGAACGAUGUGCGCGUAGUUUUCUCAGAGGAGUUUUGCAUCGGCAAAGGAAGUGAUGGAACCCGUGUUUAUCUUGGAUUGGCAAAGAAUGGUUACGGCAAAGCAGUAAAGCGAAUACCUCAAGACACCUCCAUCAAAGUUAAACCUGAAGAAAAGAAAGUUUUUGAUGAAAUAAACGCAAAGAAUUCAACUUAUGUUGUUAAUACUGUACUUGAAAAAAUUGGAAAAGAAUAUGUCUGUUUUAUACUCGACCUAUGUGAGGAAUCGCUGGAAAGUUUCGUGCUAUCCGAAUCAAAUGAAUUAGCUAAUCUUUUGGAAUUGCUUCCUAAAAUUCUCAGGCAUAUUUUAAAAGGUUUAGCUGACCUUCAUAGCGUCCCACGUCCCAUUCUUCAUCGCGAUCUGAAACCUUCAAAUGUUCUCCGAGACGCACACGGUAAUUUUCUGAUAGCUGACUUUCGUAUGAGUCGAAUUUUGAUUAACGAAGGAACAUUAAGAAGCGGUUGCAAAAAGGGAACUGAGUUUUGGAUUGCUCCUGAAUCAUAUUGUGAAGAUGACGAGUCACUCAAUAAAGCUCGUUACAAAAAAGAAUCAGAUGUAAUGAGUGCAGGAAUGGUAGCUUAUUAUGUUGUAACAAAAGGGAAACAUCCUUUUGGAAGUAUGAAGUAUAGACUAUACAACAUGCUGCGUGGAAAUCCUGUUGGCUUGAAGGAAAUCAAUAAUGUUGAACUUAAAGAUCUUCUCACAUGGAUGCUACAACUAAAACCUGAACUUAGGCCAUCAGCCAACGAGGCGUUAAAACAUCCUUAUCUACAGUCCAAUAAUGAUAAGCUUGACCUGCUUUGUAAUGUUACAUAUCCACUGGAUACGGAGAUACCAAAUUUAAAUCAUCCUCUCUACGAAGAUGUCCGUGAGCAAGUAAAUCGUCUAAAAAAUUGGAAGGACCGUUUGGAUUUUAAAACAUCAAAUAAUGUCAAAAAAGAAGACUACGAGUCUACAUGGUUAGGUUGCUUAAAAUUUAUACAAGACUUUCAUCAGGAUAAUAAACCUCGUCUACAGCUGUCACAAAGUGAUGACAACUACAAAGAGUAUUUACUGCAAGUUUUCCCAGAGCUUCCUCUUCUUGUAAACAGAAUUGUAAGGUUACAGGAUUGGAAAUCGAGAUCUGUUGUCGGGAAGCAUUUUACUUACGAAGCUGUUACCAAAAGUCAAGUGUGGCAGGUCAAAGAUAUGAAUAGGUUUCGUCGCUUUUUGGUGUUGGGAAAUUGCACAUCUACCUUCUAUGUUAACGAAAAAUCGUUAGGCUUAGAACAUGAGCAAGUCCUUUCGAAUCUUAUGGAAGCAGGAAGGGGAGUUGAAGUUGUCAAUGAAAUAGAGAAGUAUAGCAUUGAAGGACGAACACCAAGGCAGCAGGCCAUUGUGUUUUCUCUCGCUGUUUGUGCCCGGAAAGGAGAUUUAGCCACGAAAAGACAAGCAUACAAUGCUUUACCCAAGAUCUGUCAAAUUCCGACUCAUUUGUUUAUGUUUAUUAAGUUCUGCAAAUACUUAAGUCAGUCUGGCUGUGGUUGGAGUCGUGCCCAUAAGAAUGCCAUAAAACGAUGGUACAAAGAAAAAGAUCCAUGGAAACUGGCGAUGGAUAUCACCAAAUAUCAAAAACGUGAAGGAUGGUCACAUAGGGAUGUUGUAAGGUUAAUGCAUCUCAAGCCAGAAGGAAUUGAUGUUUCUGAUGAAUUAUUUGUGAUAAUGAAAUAUGUUGUUUGUGGUUGGCAGAAGCUUUUUAAAUAUUUCUUUCCUGAAGAUAAGACAACUCCAAGUCGUCCAAUUGGAGAGAAUGGCAGCAAGAUGUUGGUAUUUCUUAGGGCAGUUGAAGAAGUAAAAACAUUGCAAGAGGAGACAAGAGUGGUUGAGCUGAUAAAUGAACAUAAUCUUGUUAGAGAACAUAUUCCGACACAUUUCCUUAAUUCCAAAGAGGUGUGGGAUGCUCUGUUAAAGAAAAUGCCAAUGACUGCAAUGAUACGUAACUUAAACAAAAUGACUUCCAUUGGCUUGCUUGCUGAAGGAUCACCUCGGGUUAAAGAAGUUUGUGAUAAACUGCGUGAUGAAGAUCUGCUAAUGAAUGCACGUAUCCAUCCAUUUAACAUGUUAUUAGCUUUGGCAACUUACCAAUCAGGAGAAAGUGAGAAUGUUUCUCUAGAAUUGAAAGCCAAUGAAGAAAUCAUCAAAGUAUUGGAGGAAGCAUUUUAUUUAUCAUUUAAGACUGUUGAACCAACAGGUAAAAGGUACAUGCUAGCCAUGGAUGUAAGUGGCUCAAUGCAAUCCAGUAGAUGUGUUGGUUCAAGUCCAGUUAGAUCUCACAUGGCUUCUGCUGCAAUGGCUAUGAUGACAGCACGAACAGAACAACAUUGCAAAGUUGUUGCAUUUAGUCAUGAAAUAGUUCUGAUAGGGAUCUCCAGUAGCAUGAAAUUGAAUGAAAUUUUAAAUGUUAUUAAUGAAAUUCCAAAGGGUGGUAGAGACUGUGCUCAGCCCAUGCUUUAUGCCAUUGACAAAAAUUUGAAGAUUGAUGUAUUUAUUGUUUACACAGACUCUGAACCAUGUCAUGGCAAAGUUCAUCCAAGGGAGGCUCUCAAACAAUAUCGUCAUCAAUCAGGGAUAGAUGAUGCUAAACUCAUUGUGGUUGCCAUGACAUCAAAUGGUUUCACUAUUGCUGACCCAGAUGAUUCUGGGAUGCUUGAUAUAGUUGGCUUUGACUCUACUGCACCACAAGUGAUGAGAGAGUUUAUCUUGGGGAAUUUUUAGAAGUUUUUAGCGAACAUCACCGUAUCUUCUCCACAACGAAUGUCCUCAUUAUAAUAUGACAUAAAUUCAUAAUCUUUGAUGGCACAAGUUGAAUGUUGCAUCACUUGUAUGUGGUCGUCAAAGUUGCUUGGAGCAACUUUUCAGCAUGAACUUCGUCGUAAAGGUCAAUCGGUAUGUAAUGAGAAAAACAUAAGAAAAACUUUAACAAAAUGCGAGAAAACUGGAAGCAAGAGAGUCAAUAAUCUAGGCUACAUCCCUAUGAGAGGUGAUUCCCGCAGAAAGCCUGCUUGAAAUUCUGUAACAGCGACCUCAAUUCUUGUGUUCCAAAUUAAUAUUCUAUCGCAACGGAAUUUCAACGAGUGCAAUAAAUUUUCGUCAACCGAACAAAAUUUAAUGCGAAACAGAAUUUACAAAGACAAAACAGAAUUUAGUGCGACACGACAAGGUUUAACAAAGUACUAUAUAUUUUAAAACGACACAACAAAAUUUGAGUUGAUCCUCAAUUCUGAUAUUUCCAUAAUUUCUUAAUAGCUUUCUAUAUAUAUAAAGCAUUUCAAGUGAACGUCAAGUUUUUUUAAAGUAAACAUGUUUCGGCAUGCUUAUGCCAUCUUCAGUACAAGGAAUGACUAUGCUGUCUAUUUGCAGUUAUAUUUACAUUAGAUCAUUCUCCAGCUUCCGCU